UACAGUGACACGCUGACACGGCACCUUUGCAGCGAGUGAUCAUGGCUGCUCGUCUCCCUCUGCUCUGGGCUCGUGGCCGCCGCGUCCUCCUUCUCGCCGUCGUGCUCUCCCAGCUCGGCGCGCUCUCGUGCCAGACCCUCCGCGGCUCCGUCACCUGCCUCGACUGCCCCGCGGGCCACCACCUCUCCGGUACGUGACAUGCAUCGUCUGAUCGUGGUGACACUUUGCUCAAAUGUACAUGUACCAGGUGUGGUCAUGGGGGUGGAAUGCAGCGGCGUCGACGGCGGCGGCGCGGGCCCGCACGUCGUGGCGCGGACGGACGGCGGCGGCAACUUCAGUGUGGCCGUGCCGGAGUCGGUGCCGGCCUCGCGGUGCGCAGCGAGGGUCCUCGGCGGCACGGAGCAGCUCUGCGCGCCGCAGAGGCUCACCGUCGCGCGUGUCGUCGCUGCCGGGCGGCCUGGCUCGUACGCGCUGGGAUCCCGCCUCGCUGUCUUCACAAGGUGUGAAGGAGUCGUCGCGACGAUGUCCGCCGGUGGUGGCAGCGGCCAGAGGUCACCCCCGACCCCGAGGCUUGCACCGCAGUUGCCCUCGCCCAGCGUGCCGCCGCUCGUUGGACGCAGCAGCCCACCCUACGGCCUGGGCAUCCCUCUCAUCUACGUCUUUCCUUUCAUCCCAAUCAUUGGCAUCCCCUAAAAUGAACGUAGCCGCCUUCUCCUUGCGGUACUCGCCUGAGUAUUUUGUUAUUUUCUUUCAGCCAAGUUUGCAGUAAUCCCUAGCCAUCCAUGUCAGUGAGGUCACCUUAUGUAUGAACAACGACCAAUAAUGUGACUGUGAGUCAGCAUGUUGCGACCAAAUAUUCUUCUCAUUACAAUCAUUCUUUAGUGUGUGAUAGCACUGAAUUUCCAAGAUCGACCCGAAGACGAAGGUUUAGAACUCGAAGAAACUUAAACACCAUCAAUGAAGGCAUGCAGUUAAACAGUCCAAAAAAGAAGAGUGACCGAACUUGUGAUAAUCUGGUACUAGCUGGUGUAGUUGCAUAUGUUGCACUGCCAAAGUGGAGUGACAAUCGGCGAACUUUAUCAGGAAGUAGCAUUGCUGUUUGAGAAUAAAUCCACUACAGUGAUGAAGUUCUCUUCAAUAGACUUGUAUGUAAUAAAAUCAAGAACCAUAUGAUGGACUGAAUAAGACAAUAGAUCAUAACUGUAGUUGAUAUC